GGGAAAGGAAACGCCGAAGCACGUCUGUGGAGAGUGAAUUGGACUGGGAGCAGAGAGGAGAGCUCGCUUUUUCUUUUUCGAGCUGGGAUCAUGCUCCGUAAAGACCCGCAGAGAUCUCUGCUGGACGCUGCAUCGACUUCCAAUGGCAUUUCACCCUGCGCUGUUUGCGGGCAGCUCCACACACACUAGGACAAACACACACUAGGACACACACACACCCGCCUCCUCAGGAACGGCUCUCGGUUGGUCCAUCAGUCGGUCAGUCUUUAUCCUUCCUCUCGCUGUCUCUGUGUUAGUGUGUUAUCCCGGACUGCGACGACGGAUAUGAGGGGAGAUGUGGCUCCUGAAGGCAGCAGAGAGGGAUUCAAACACAUGACCGCGGACAUUCCCAAAUGAGACAGCGGAGGACUGGGAUGUUUACGCGGAUCUUUAUCGGAUAUCUGAACUGACAGGUUUUUUUUGUUCUGCCUUUUGACAUUUAAUAUUGGCUAUAAAUGGAGGCACCUAGGUAGGGGGUGGUGGGGAAAACUGGGUGAAGGUCCUCGUUGUGUCUGUGGGACGCUGACAGGACAGUGCGGUUGCGUAAUAAUACGUGCCGGGCAGUUUUGGAGAGUUUUAUUGGUGGAGAAGAAAGGCGCUGCUCCUUCAGGAACGAUGAGCAACACCAGGAAUCUGAGGGACAGCGACAUCCAGAAGAAGAUCGACCACGAGAUCCGGAUGCGAGAUGGAGCCUGUAAGCUGCUGGCUGCGUGCUCGCAGCGAGACCAGGCGCUGGAGGCAGCAAAGAGCCUGCAGACGUGCAGCACUCGCAUCAUGGCCUACAUGUCGGAGCUGCAGAGGAUGAAGGAAGCUCAGGUCAUGCAGAAUGUCCCACGCAGGUCUUCGGAUGCAGGCCCGAUGGACGGCAGACUCCCCUGCAAAGGGAAAGUGGCAAUCUCAGACCUACGGAUCCCUCUCAUGUGGAAAGACACAGAGUACUUCAAGAACAAAGGAGAGCUUCAUCGAUGUGCUGUGUUCUGCCUGCUGCAGCUGGGGGGAGAGAUCUUCGACACAGACAUGGUGAUGGUGGACCGGACGCUCACAGACAUCUGCUUUGACAACACUAUCGUCUUUAAUGAAGCGAGCCCUGGCUUUGAGCUCCGCGUUGAGCUGUAUAGCUGCUGCUCGGAGGACGACUACUCCGCCGGAAGCACGCCCAGGAAGCUGGCCAGCAAGCUGAGCUCCUCGCUGGGCCGAUCAGCAGGGAAGAAGCUCAGAGCGGCGAUGGAGCCUGGCGCAUGUAGUCCCGUUAGUAACGGAGGGGCGGCUCCCCUCCUGCUGCCCGUUCCCUCUGUGCCUGGCCCGAAGUACCACCUCUUAGCUCACACCACCCUGUCGCUGUCACACGUCCAGGACAGCUUUCGCACGCACGACUUCACUAUUUCGGGCAACGAAGAAUGCUCGUACUGGCUGCCUCUCUACGGCAGCAUGUGUUGCCGCCUCGCAGCUCAGCCGCACUGUAUGACCCAACGGAUGAUGGGUGGAUGGUUGAAAGUUAAGCAGUGUGGAGGUGACCCUCAGACUUGGACGAAAGUGUACGCCGUUCUAAAAGCAACGAGCCUUUUCUGCUACCAGCGACAGGAGGAUGUGGAGGCCAACGUUGAGCCUGCGUUGACCAUCGGCAUCAACAAAGAGACCAGAAUACGCGCGUCAGAGAAGGACCCUCACAGUAAGGGCCAGAACAUUUGCAUAAGCAACCGAUACGGAGGGGAGGAGGUCACUCACACGCUGAACACGGAGAGCCGAGAGGACACGCACCGCUGGAUGGAAGCCUUCUGGCAGCAUUUCUAUGAUAUGAGCCAAUGGAGGCAGUGUUGUGAUGAUUUAAUGAAAAUCGAGCUUCCCUCUCCAAGAAAACCAGCUCCUGUCACACCAAAACAGGGCUCACUUUACCAUGAAAUGGUUAUUGAGUCAUCCGAUGAUCUGACCAGCACCGUGUCUGACAUCUUGGCCCGGAGGAUGCAGGAGCUGGAGCUCCGCAGCCAGCUGGGCACGUCUCCCACCUGGAUGUCUGUGUUUGAGGAGAACUGUCCAAAAAGCACUGGCCUCUCUUUCCGUCCGUGUAGCUCUCGCCUGUCUGGCCACAGCCCUCACUCCCCUCAUUGCCUCCCCUCUCGCAGCCCCGUCAGCCCUCAUCGCCGCCCGCAGCUGGGUCUGCUCGCCUCCGACGCGAGUCUGACGUCGGACAGCGACAGCCACUGCAGCACCAGUCCGUGUUGCCGCCGCCACGGCUGGCCUGAGCCUUCCUCACACUUCCCCCUUCUGUCCUCGUCACCCUCCCGUCUGAGGCCGCGCACUCUCUCCUUGGACGCUAAGCUCAGCACCCUGCGGGGGCGAGGGUACGGAGGCGGAGGGACCUUCCAGUGCUCCUGCCAGCCUCCUUCCUCGUCGCUGCUCGCGCCUCUCCCCGCCGCCUCCCGCUCGCCUCUGUCGCAGCGCAGCACACAGACCACGCUCUCCUGCUCCAGCUCCACCUCCAGCAACAGCUCCAGCAACAGCGAGGGCAGCCACAGCCCCGAGUCCUCAGAGGGGGGUCCUUUCUCCAGGCCCUCCCCAGCCCGACGCAGCCUGAGGAACCUGCGGGCCCGGCUCGAUCCUCGUAACUGGCUGCAGAGUCAGGUGUGACGUCUCCCGAUAGACGUCUCGGUUGGCUUAAGUAUUGUUUGUCGAACCAUGCAUUAACAGGCUUGUCGUGUGAACUAAACUCAAGGAGGCGUACAGCUGCUUUUUACAGGAAAGGAUGACGUGGAGAAGACCUGCGUGGAUCAAACUGGAAAAACAGAUUCGUUUAACCCAGAUGAGGGUGACAAUCACUGCGGGAGCCUCUGGGGUUCCCACAGUUUAUAGUUUGGGAGAUGCUGUGUUUGCUUUCAGAAAUGACGACGACAGUGCUGUUUAGGAGAAAGUAAAUAAAAAGCUGAAUAAUUAGUUAGAUAAAGUCCACACUGUUCAAACUCUUAACUCUGCAAUGUGAUUUUGAAACUGGAAAGCAUCAUUUUUCCCUUUUCAUCACCCUUAACAUCCACUGAAACCUAGUUUUAAGCUCGUCUCUCUCUCUCGUUGGCCCUGUCGUAUUUUAACUGAAUGUAAUUUAUUAUGUUAUAAAUGUAUGCAGUGUUUUUAUGCUAAGGAGUUGGAGCAAAAAGGCACCUCAGAGGAAAACUCUAUGUAUUUAUCAGUUUAUUAACAGAUACAGAUGGGGAAACAUGGUGGUGGCAGCAUCAUGGUGUGGGGGUAUUUUUCUCUAGCAGGGACAGCAAAGCUGGUCAGAGUUGAUAUAAAGAUUGAUUAAGCUAAAUACACAGCAGUCCUAAAAGAAAACCAAUCAGAGACUGCAAAAGGUUUACCUUCUAACAGGACAACAGCCCUAAAAAUACAGUCUGAGCGAUGAUGUAAUGGUUUAGGUCAAGGUUUUAAGCAACAUGCCCCGUUUGUACCGUUUCUAUUUAUUAUACAGCGAUUCUGCUCGAUAGGUCGAUGAGAGGUUAAUGUCUGUUGCCUGUUCUGUGACACCUGCUUCAGUGCAUUGACCUUUUAUUACACACCAGAUGAGUCUUUUAAAGCAACUAUACAACAUUUUGUUCCACUGGUUAGAUGUUUAGCUGUUUAUGAUCAUACUAACAGUGAAUCUGGGGAGGGUUUAAUGCAAGUGUCCAUAUUUACUGUACUGGUUCUGACCCUUUCGGGAUUAAAAAGAAAUAAAUCUUUGCUCUGGACUUUCACUUUACAAACAGUGUUUAUCUGCACAUCAACGGAGAGCUGCCAACACAACCCAGUGGUAUCAGGUAUUAACGAAAAGCCAAGCCGUACUCCAUGCCCUGCUGCGCUGACACACUUGCAGUGUUGCACGGGGGGUUAGUGUAGUGUCUCCUGCCUGUGAGCCUUUGGGUAAAUCCAA